UUGUUUUUUUCAUCCAGUGUUCCUGUGUUUCUGUCAGGAAUAUGUUCAUUCUAUAGUUUAGUAGACUGCGUCAGACAGACAGACAGACAGACAGGAUGAGUCGCCUGCUGAAUGUCCUGCGGAGCUGGUUGGUGAUGGUGUCUGUCAUCGCGGUGGGAAACACCGUGCAAAGUUUCAGAGACCACAGCUUCCUGUCAGAGAAGCUCUACACGGGCACGCCAGAGUUUGUGAAUGGUCUCCAAGCACGAACGUUUGGUAUAUGGACUUUGCUGUCAUCCAUCAUCCGCUGUGCCUGUGCCAUAGACAUCCAGAACAGAACGCUGUAUCACAUCACUUUAUGGACCUUUGUGCUGGCGCUGGGCCACUUCCUGUCUGAAGCCUUCAUCUACAAAACUGCACCUCUCACUAUUGGGGUCAUGGCACCUCUUAUUGUGGCGAGUUUCUCCAUCAUAGGAAUGUUGAUUGGAUUCCAGUGUUGUACGGAGACACAAGAGAACGUAGGUGCACGGCAGAAGAAACGGAACUGAGUCCCAGCAGUUUUACUGUUCAUUGAACUCACCCCAAAAACCAACACCCG